GCUGAAGUCAGUCUUACUUGUUGGAGGGCGCAUUGGGCACCAAAGGGCAUCCGACGUACCAAUCAGUCGGUAAAGUACUUUUCAAGUUAAGGAUACGGCGAUGUUGGCACUGAAGGUUGGUAUGAAACGGACAAGCAGACUUCCACUCCGAAACUCGGCGAUAAGUAUCUCAUAUCUCGAGGCCUGUCUGCUCCAACCACCUUUUAUUAGACGAUUAUUCCGGUCUCUCUUCUGGAAACCAUGGCAUUACCAGACAGGUAUCCACCCCCAUCACCCCACCGUCCCGCGUUCCUACCUCCAGUCCAUCCUUCCUCCAGCUACUCAGAAAGGAGUCCACGCUAUCGUGGGCCAGCCCUCAACGAUAUCGAAGCUGCAGUUCAUACCAAGGAAGAACUCGGCUCGAAGUGGCAAGACAUCCAAAGCCAUCCUCCACGGUGGAUUUCAACUGAAGACCACUACGACAAUGAAUAUCUCCCAGGAACAGCAGCAAGCAGCGCCUUGGCCCCAUCAGAAAGAGUGGAACCAUUGCCACCACUAUCAAGCAACGCACCCUUCUACGUACCCCGGACUCUUCCAUCACUGAUUCCUUUUCCACAAAGUCAUCAAAGGCUAGAUCCCAGAAUGGACAUCGAUCCAGCUGGGUAUGGAACCGAGCACCGAGUCCAAUACAAUCCAGGCUAUCAGCCUCCUCUCCAUUUGGAACAGCACUUCGCUCCCUCAUAUCUCCAACCUCCGAUGCCUGUCUAUGACCAGCAACCCCGGUGGUUAGGGUCAGGACCACCAGAUCGUCAGCCGAGUCCUGAGCGUUCUCGCCCUCAGCCUUUCCCACACGGUCAAGGCCAACCGCCAAGGGAACGUGAACGUCUCGCACCGUUGAGACAUGCACCGCCACCGCUAACGGUGGGUAUGCAAAGAAGUUAUUCCCAAGGAAAACAUGCGAGAACCCCGUCAAGCUGUAGACGGAAUCCGUACCCGCCAAAUGACGGGAGAGGUAGGGUGAGUUCCAGUUCAAGGUAUCAAGGCGCAAAGAGAAGGUUUGAGAAAAGAAGUGGGUAUGGGCAGAGAAGUCCUGAAUACUAGGACGGGUCGAAGGAUGUUCAAUUGUUUGCGAGUUAUGGUUGCGUGGAUGGAGUGAGGAUCCGAUGGCGUGUUACCUCCCAGCAGUACCUCCCGUGAGGUAGAACAUUGUAUGGAUGGCACCUGCCGACCCUCAUUCCCUUGAUGAGGAUGGACCAGUUGAUACAUGGAUAUGAUCUUGGAUUGUACUGAGGAUGAUCCUUCCCUCACGCCAUGGAUGGAUAGUGCAUGCUCGCACUUGCUGGUACCGUAGAGACUCUUCCACAGUCAUGAUCAAACGGACAUCCAUCCCAGCAUUCCAGGCUGCUAAUAUUCCACUGGAUGAAGACUCGUUGUCCGAGUGUGGGCUUCAACUGUCCUCUGAGUACCAGCUAAGGGACGCAGUCAUUUGGGCGAGUGGUGUUGUCGUGGACUUGUCAAGCCAUCACAUCCACAUUCAGGAGAUUGCCCAAAACUUUCAU